UUUCAAUUACAGGUAGGGCAGUCGUUAAAUCUGCUCGACAGUCUCGACACAGCAUCCCGAUGCGAUGCUCUGCACUAUCUUUUGCGUACGCUGAAAUGCAAGUACCCUGAGUCUUGUGAACGGGUGACGAGAUCUGUUUUCCCGCAUUUCACCGAUGAGUUUGCCAGUUCUACAAAAUCGGCUCAAAAGAAACAAUUGCAGCUGCAGCUAUUGCUCACUGCCAAAAAGGAAGAGAUUAAAACGGAGGAUGAAGGCUCCACCGAUCUGAAUCAGAAUUUCGAGAAGAUCCUUUGCAAAGAGGAGCUCAUGUGCCUCGAUGAGGACGACGAAGAUGCGGACGAUGAUGCUGAAAUUGCCGUUAAUACUGAAGCGAAUGACGCCGACGCAGAGAAUCCGUCUUCCAAUAAUAGACCCUUGCACUACAACAGCGUGUGCGUUAACAAACGAGAUCCGCUGGAUCUAAUACCCUCGUCCAUUAUCGAUACGCGACACCUGACGAACGCAAAAUAUCGCGCCUCCUACCCGCAAACAAUUUUCGGCGGCGGCAGUGAAGGGGCCAGUGCACGUCUUGGUAGUGACGACAGCAAUAACAGUUGGGAUGUACUAGCGGUAUGUGAUCAAGCGAAAAGCUUAUCGCGUCUUCAUAGCAGAAACAAUAACCACAAUCAUUUUACGAGAUUGCUUAGCGAAGAGCUCGUGCCUAGCAGUGGAGUGCGAGGUAUUCGGCUUGUGAAAACCGAAGAUGACUACUUUUUCUACCCGGACAAUGAGUGGACCAUACACUAUCAUCACAGUACGGGUGAAUUUAGUGUGCGAGCCUACAAGAAGCUCUUUCGUUUUCGUCUACAAACCGCACUAUGUGAAGAGCAUAAGCCCUUUUUAAAGAAAUUCUAUAAGAAUUUUAUUGCCUCCGGUCAAUUGAUGGGGACGAGGCCUCCACCUCAUGUGCUACAAGCUCUGCGCGAGCAACGUCGGGAAGAGUGGCAACAACUUCAUCAGCGUAAAUUGGCCGCAGCCGCUGCUGCAGCUGUGGCGAAUGCACAGAGACCGCGUCUUUUGCCAGCGAUCAGCUUCGAUUCGGAGCAGGAGUCCGAAUCUGAGUCGCAAAUGUCAUCGGCAGUAGCUGCACAAGAUAUCUUGAAAUUCGAGGAGAUCAUUGACGAGGGUGUAGGCGCUGGACGUCUGAUGCAUGGCAUGGAAAUCGAGCCGGAUAUCGAAGAUGCUUUAGGCGGCGGCAGCAGUGCCAGCGGUAGUGGCCAUAGCAAUAGUAGCAAUGGCGUGGCUGGCAUAGAUUUGCGAACACUGGUUGCUACAACACCUGAAAGUGUGUUGACAAUGGCGACAACUACAAACAAUACGAACACAGCUUCUUUAGUGGGUGGUGAGAGCAUAGGAAGUGCAAGUUUGGGUGGUAUCAGCAACCAUUUACAACAUAACCAACAGCAGCAACAAGGAAACAAUAGCCUUGUGAUAAAUGGCCUUACAGCAAGCAAUAAUUUAAGUAACCUUAGCUACAACAGUCAGCAAUUAGCAAAUAUUGUUGGUGAUCUUCCAAGUUUGGCUCCUAAGGAGCAAAAACAGCAACAGUUGCAAAGCAUCAGUUUACAAAACGAACCGCGAGGUCGCCUAUCACAACAUCAACACCACCAAAACUUUUCCAAGCAAUAUUUGCAAGAGCAAACUGAUCAGCAGCUUCCGAGCUCCCUAGCUUUUCCGGCAUUUAACGAUGUAGCCCGUGAAAGUAUGACAAGUGCAGCCGGGAUGCCGACAUUGGAUAAUGGCAACAAUAGCAGUAUCACCAUUAACACCCACGGCAGCAAAAAUGGCCCGAUGCUUUUGGCAGGAAUAAAUAACAGUAGUAAUAGUAGUGGCAGUGUUGGUGACGCUGGCGGGGAUGCUUCGAUAAUAAAGCCAGUAUCCGAAAGUCUCCACAACAAUGUGUCGAGGGCGAAUCAGGCACACUUUCUUGCUCACCAGCAACAACAACAACUAGAGCAACAGAGGCUAAUAUUGCAUAAUCAAAAGCGAGAUGCUCCGCAACAGCAGCAGCAGCUACACACACAUCCCUUAACAUUAUUGGGUGGCAUGGCUGAGAACGCUCAACAACAGUUGCAGCAGCAACAGCAAGAGCAAUUGCAACUGCAGCAGCAGCGUAUGCAACAGCAGAACUCGGCAACCGCUGUAUUCAUAAACAGUAUUGACAACAUACUCGAGGGUAGCAAUUUGACCGGUGUGGCACAACAAAAGCAGUCACAGCAAAAUUUCCAUUCAGAGCUACUAACGCACUCGCCUACACUGCAGGAGCAGGGUUCACAGCAAGCUGCACUGUCGGCACACCUGCAAUUGCAGCAACAGCAACAUUUACAACGCACUAUGCCAAUGUUACAUGCGCCUACACUGCAGGAGCAGGGUUCACAGCAAGCUGCACUGUCGGCACACGUGCAAUUGCAGCAACAGCAACAUUUACAACGCACUAUGCCAAUGUUACAUACGCAUUCACAGCAUUCGAACGCACUGCAACAUCAGCAACACCUACAAUUACAACAGCAGCAAGAACAAAUCGCCAGUACAUCUUCCGGUUGUGCCGCAACUACUCCGCCAGCAGUAACAGCGGGUACCUCUAUGGCCAUGAAUAGUGCGCUCUCUGCAUGCGUAACACCAACCAGUGUAAUGGCUGGUGUUUCCGCAACCGCAUCCACUUCAGGUUCAAUUUCGUCGAACUCAUUAAAUGUUUCAUUAGGUUUGGAUGAGAAUGAUUUGUCACACGACGAUGAUGAUGAUAUGGACGAGCAUGAUUUGGACGAUAUAGAAUCGAAGCAGCAGCUUAUUGAUGGCGGUAGUAGCAGCAGUACUUCGCUGCAAGCACCACCUAUUAGUUUGGGGGUAGGUGGAGCAGGUGUUGCCGGUGCUGGUAUAAAGAAGGCGAAGCCUAGCUAUCAGUGCUUGCAGUGCCCCAAGUCGUAUCGUAAACGCAAAUCACUGUUGGACCACUAUAAGAUUCAUCCGGGUUUCUGCCAUGAUUGUGGACAACCGAAUGGUACAUCGCUGGAGGAAAUUAUUCAUCACAAUCGUACCAUACAUGCCAAGGAGUUUCCCUUCGUUUGUGACACAUGUGGCGAAUCUUAUUCACGUCGUCAACAAUUCCAUGCCCAUGUUGAAUCUCACAGCAAGAAAGAGUUCAAAACCUAUUCUUGCAUCGAAUGUGCACAGAAGUUUCCUCACAAGAAACUGCAUCAGCAACACUUGGAUACAACCGGCCACAAGGCAGACGGUGCUAUUUGUGAGGUUUGCGGGGCGGAUUUCCCUUCGAAGAAUGCCCUCUAUCAGCAUAUAAUACGUGUCCACAAAAAAGACAACUUUUUCGAGUGCCACAUUUGUCAGAAUCGCUUUACUUUGAAGGCGAACUUGGAGCGCCAUGUACAGCUGCACACGGAAGUGAAACGAACUUACGUUUGUGAUAUAUGCGGUUCAUCUUAUUUUACAUAUCCAGCACUAAAGGAUCACCACAGCAAUGCCCACACCGAUGCAUCGGAGUGUAAAUGUACUUUAUGCGGUAAACGUUUCGGCUCGGUGAAAUCACUUCAGCGACACUUGCCAUCACAUUCAGAGGAGAGGCCGCACUGCUGUUGUUACUGUGAUCAGACCUUCAAGUGGAAAACUCAUUUGGUGCGCCAUAAGCAAACCGUUCAUGGUAAUCAACCAUCGCCGAAGAAAGUAAGACGUUUCGCCAAGGAUGAAGAAAUGACACCAACGCCAGACAUGCCGGGCCCUCCACCCGCUAAAAUUGCGAAAAAAUCCAACGCGAGCAAAACAAAGCAGCAGCAACAGGCGAACCAACAGAAUCCGCAACAGCAGCAGCUACAAAGAGGUGUGAGUAGCGUAUCCACACCUCCGCCAUUAUCAACCACACCAGGCACAUUACAGCAGGAUUCGUUUAAUGCUUCAAUGAUUAGCAAUAGCAGUUCCCAAUCUUCAACUGCGUCAGCAUCGGCAUCACAGCAUUCGCUGUCAACCAAUGAAUCUCAACAAAAUUCCAUGUACACUCAAAGUUUCAACGCCGAAAAGUUGGUCGGACAUCAAGCACAGCAACAACAACAACAACCGCAACCAACAUUGUCUCAGCCACAGCCUCAACAUUGUAAUCCAGCUGUUGCAGCAGCGGCUCAUCACGCACAACAACAACAAAUUCAGCAACUUCAACAGCAAAGACCAACGCCGCCACCAGCACAGCAGCAGCAUCAACGUCGUACGCCUAAUACACCCAGAAAUACCACACCGGAUGGACUACCCUAA